AUGGCUUUUACUUCCCAUUUGGCCAUCUGGGUCACAUUUUUUCUUGCCCUUUCCUCCUUCCUCGGCCCUUGUACAGCCACCAUGCGCAAGCUCUCAGCUCUCGUCCAACAACAACCACUUAUGCUCAAGUACCACAAAGGCCCACUGCUUAAGGGCAACAUCACAGUCAAUGUCGUAUGGUAUGGCAAGUUCUCCCCCAUCCAACGGUCCAUAUUGGUCGACUUUGUUCAGUCUCUGAGCUCCCACCACACCCCGCAACCCUCAGUCUCAUCGUGGUGGCAGACUACAGAAAGGUACAGGGGAGGGCCCUGCACCGUCGCUGUAGGGAAUCAAAUCCUCGACCAGACAUACUCUCUCGGGAAAACACUCACGGACCAAAAACUCGCGGCUUUGGCAGCCAAAGCAUCAACAGGUCGAAACGCAACGGUCAACGUGGUUCUCACGGACGAUGAUGUGGCGGUUGACGGGUUCUGCAUGAGCCGGUGCGGGUUCCACGGGUCGGGCGGCGCGGGGAGAAAGACGGGCAGGCUGGCGUACGCGUGGGUGGGCAACCCGGCGAUCCAGUGUCCGGGUCAGUGCGCGUGGCCGUUUCACCACUCGAUUUACGGGCCGCAGACGGCGCCGUUAGUUCCUCCUAACGGCGACGUUGGGGUUGACGGAAUGGUGAUCAGUCUUGCAACGGUUUUGGCGGGAGCGGUGACGAACCCGUUUGAAAACGGGUAUUUUCAGGGUACGAGAGACGCGCCUUUAGAGGCUGUGAGCGCGUGUACGGGUAUUUUUGGGAAAGGGGCUUACCCGGGUUACCCCGGGGAGGUCGUUUUGGACAAAACGACGGGAGCUAGCUACAAUGCGGUGGGUGUACGUGGACGCAAGUACUUGCUCCCGGCGAUGUGGGACCCGCAGACCUCCACGUGUAAAACACUCGUCUGA